AUGUAUGUAAUCCUUAUAAAGAACUUGGAAGAUGGCAUUCCAGUAAAUGUAAUGAGGGAGAUAAAGGCUCUGCAGUUGCUUCGUUGUAAAUACAUAAUCAAACUGUACAACAUGUUUCCUCGAGGAAUGAGCUUGGUGUUAGUGUUGGAGUACAUGUCCUCAGGGUUGUGGGAAAUGUUGCACCACAACCAACAAGAACUCACCUUACCACGUGUUAAGACGUACGCGCUCAUGUUAUUGAAGGGGACGCGGUACAUGCAUGCGCAUUACGUUAUGCACAGGGACUUGAAACCUGCAAAUCUAUUGAUAAAUCACGAGGGGAUAUUAAAAAUCGCUGAUUUAGGCCUAGCAAGGCUUUAUUGGCCAGAGGGUGGUAGACCGUAUUCUCACCAAGUAGCUACACGAUGGUAUCGAGCGCCCGAAUUAUUGUACGGAGCCAGAUAUUACACCGAAAAGGUAGACUUGUGGUCGGUCGGUUGUAUCAUAGCCGAAAUGAUCACAAAGCAGCCACUCUUUGCGGGCGAAUCGGAUAUCGAGCAGUUGGCUAUAGUUCUGCAGCAUCUUGGCACUCCAACAGAAGAGACGUGGCCUAAACACACGGAACUACCAGACUUCCAUAAAAUUACGUUCCCUGAUUCGACACCCACGCCUUGGCCAGAACUUCUGCCAGGCGUGGAAAUGGACGCGGUUAAUCUUGUCAAGUCAUUCAUUAUGUACGAUGCUGAUGGAAGGAUAUCAGCAAAAGACGCCGUAAAACACCAGUGGUUCGUGAACAAGCCUACUCCAGCCACAUUAGACGACAUGCCGAAACCUAAACCCAAAUAAAUAAUCCAUUCGUUGAAA